AUGGAUUAUACAGAGGAGAACUCGUACAUGCGCAAAUCGCAGAUACGGCCUCCUAGUCGCAUACCAUCGUCACCCGGGAAAGGCCUCAGCGAAAUCACGGAAUCGGAAGGCAACAUGAGAUCGAAACCCGCGUCAAAACUACCCCCUCCCACCUCUUUUAAGCACAGAAUAGGCCCAUGCUAUGCUGAGCCGGAUCCCAAGCAGCGCAAAACAUUGGCAGAAAGAGCAGGAGAACCUCGGUCUCUGCCGGCUCCCACACCCAGCUCGAGGCCUGUUAUCAAGGGGACAUCCCUUCUUACCGCAGGAAAGGGAAUAACUUCAACAAAUCCGUCCUUUAGCAAUUUUCGAAACAAUGCCUCCUCAACUACAUCAUCACGAACCCCAUCGGUAUCAUCGAGAAACACAUCAAAUAGCAGCUUCUCAAGUAGCAUAGGCCCAGGCCAAUCGCGACCCAACUCCAUGUAUUCUAGCCGACCUCAAACGUCAAUGGCAUUCAGUCAGUCUACAUCAUCUCGGCCAAGGACUGCGCUGCCCAAACCUCGUCCAGCAACAUCCAUGGCGAACCACUUGGAAGAAGAAGAAGCGGAAGCGGAAGACCAAGGGAAACAAAAUGGUAUGCAACCAUUGUCGCCCAUUUCAUCUGUUCAGUUAUUCCAAAAUUCUACAAAGCUGCAAAACAGAAAGCUGCAAAACAGAAAGCUACGAGAUCAACAAUCAACCCCCUCAGUGAGAUCUCCACGUCAUAUCAACAAACGCAGAGAUGUAUCCGUUAGUACGGCAAUGCAGCAGCUAAGUCUUGAUCAAAUUGACUACGACGAUGAGAAUGAAGAGCAUCAAGCGAUUUCUACGACUGUCAACUCGCAGACAAGUGUACAAUCUCAAAAGCAUUACACGAACGAUGACUCGGGGGAUCUUUGGACACACAACUCUGAAAAAGCUCUUGUGCUGUUCAUGGAGUCUGCAAACAGCUUAGUCGGCCCUAAGACUCCCUCUAAGAUUCCCCUACGUCGUCGUCCGGAUAUUACUCCUACUCCCACCACUCCUUUCAGAUUUUCUAAACCUUCAGGCAAGAAAAAGCAAUUCUUGACAAAAGAUUCUAACGUUACUGGGUUUUUAGGGUUCGAUAUUGACAACCGUCUCGAGAAAAUGGAAGCCAUGUACUCUGACCUAAUAGACAAGGUGAACCUUAGCAGUUUAGAACGUAACGGCCUAGAAGAAGCUGUGACCGUGUUCAAGGCAAGAACUGCGGACCUCGAGAACAUACAUUCUCAACUAUCAGUAUCUAAUAAGUUGCUUCACUCUGAACUUGAUGAGAUGCGUGAGAAAUCCGUGAUACUCCACCAAAAGCUAUUAGCGGCAACUACCAGUCUGGAUGACCAGAUGAGGGCGCACCACAUUGAAAUGGAUGAUACUAAGCGAGAAUACCGUAAUGAAGUCGAUAAACUACGUCGAGAUCAUACUGAUGAGAUUGAUCGUCUUCUGCGACUUCACCGAGAUGAAAUUCACGAGCUGGAACGCCGAACUGUUCUAGAACUAGACAGCAAGAUUCGAGAGCUUGAGCGGGCGAACAAUGAUAAACUACAAGAAGAGCGGACUCGCAGGUUACUUGAAGUUCAGGAACUCGAGGGCGAGAUUUCGAAGGGGCAUCAAAAUCUAGACUUAACGCUUCAAGGCAAGGACCGUGAAAUCAAUAUUUUGCGGGGCGAGCUCAAAGACAUCAAAGGCGAGUUAUCUCGGCAGCAGGAAAAAAAUUUGGAUUCGAUGAAGGAUUUCGCGGAACUCCGAGAGACGAUGCAGAGGACGGACGUAGAAACUUCGUCUACAAUUCAGAGCUUGGAGAGUACUGUUGCUAGUCUUCGCGCCCGGAUACACUUUCUUGAAUCUGGAAGCAAGGCUCAGUCCGACAGCUUUGCUGAUAUGGAGGCCAGGUUACAGGAAGCCGUUAAGUCUGCCGAAGAGUCUAAGAAGAAGCUGAUCAAAGAGGAAACCCUUCGUCGAAUUCUCUUCAACCAGGUCCAGGAACUCAAAGGGAAUAUCCGUGUCAUGUGCAGAGUCCGACCGUUACCGGACAAUGCGGAUGACGAGGCUGCUCAAGUCAAAUAUCCCGAUAUCGAAAGGGAGGCGAAAGAACUCGAGAUCCUCGGAAAGGAGGAGAAGAGUAGUUUGGGGAAUAUUAGCAGAAAAACCCACUCCUUUACUUUUGAUCGAGUAUUUGGACCCGACAGCCAAAAUCAAGAAGUAUUCGAGGAGAUCUCCCAACUGGUGCAAAGCGCCCUUGAUGGAUAUAAUGUCUGCAUAUUCUGCUAUGGCCAAACUGGGUCUGGCAAGACUCAUACAAUGUCGUCCGAGGAUGGUAUGAUCCCCCGCGCCACGCAUCAAAUCUAUGAGACUGCAACCAACCUCCAAGAAAAAGGUUGGACAUACACUAUGGAAGGCAGCUUCGUGGAGGUUUACAAUGAAGAAAUUCAUGAUCUUCUAGGAAACCCUAAAGAGUUUGACAAGAAAAAGCACGAGAUACGGCAUGACGACCAGAAAAAACAGACAACCUUGACUGGGUUGAGGACCGUGACUUUAACAUCACCGGAGACCGUGGGGUCCAUCUUAAAGCAGGCGGCUGCCAACCGAAGUGUUGCCGCAACAAAGUCCAACGAGCGUUCAUCGCGGUCACAUUCUGUCUUCAUCCUCAAGCUUGUUGGAAGAAAUAGCGCCACUAAUGAGACAUCUGAAGGCACCCUUAAUUUAGUCGAUCUGGCUGGAUCUGAGAGAUUAAAGCAGUCUGGUGCUGAAGGCGACAGAAUGAAGGAAACUCAGAAUAUCAAUAAGAGUUUGAGCUGCCUUGGUGAUGUCAUUGGGGCUUUAGGACAAGGAAAAGAAGGCACUCAUAUACCUUAUCGAAACUCGAAGUUAACCUAUUUGUUGCAAUACUCGCUGGGAGGCAACUCGAAGACACUCAUGUUCGUAAUGGCAAGUCCUCUAGAGGCUCAUUUAAGCGAGACAUUGACAAGUUUGAAAUUUGCUACAAAGGUCCAUAAUACCCAUAUUGGUACUGCGAAGAAAUCGAUCAAGGUCCGCGAAAGGGCCAGUGAAUAG